AUGCCCCCAAAGACGCCCAACCUCAAAGGAGCUGAACCCCCUGGAGACACCCAGGCCGAAGCCCAGGAACGGAGACAAGCAAUCAGCACCAUUAUCGCAAACUGGGGCCCGGCUUUCUCCACAAUGACAAGUUGGAUGCACGCCGACACUUGGCUCCAGGGCAGUACGGAGAGAAUGACAGAGUUCACCUGCGACAUGAGAACUAUACGCGCGUUUCGAGAUCUGUCAAUCGACCAUCCAAAUCAAGGCCAAGAGGUCAAAGACCAAAUCGAGCAGUAUUACAUUUUGAGAUACCACUCCAAGAAGGGCUCAGCGCCCAUCGGAAAGACAAAGUCAGACAAGAUGGGUUACAUCUGCGAGGAUUUGCAGAAAUUGCUCGGGAACAACUUCAUAGACCACGCGAAGUUCAAACAGAACAACACGAAGAAGAGACCAGCAGCGGGAAAAGGGGCUAGGAAGAAAUCAGCUGCCAGGAAGAAGGCAAAGAAGAACAAUACCUCUACUGCCGCCGCCGCCGCCGCCGCCGCCAGCGACGAUGAAGAUGAAGAUGAAACGAUCACAUCUGAAGUGGACGAAGACGAAGAAGAAGACGAGUCUCACCGAGCACCCAAUCCUAAGCCUGCGACUAAACCAGCCAACAACGUAGCGGGAGAUGGGAACGAACGAAUAACCAGAUCACACGGAAAGAGUGGGGAGGAGAAGGGAGCACAGCAGACAGAAAGGAGAAACAGCAACGCAAACGAAGCAGAGGACGACGACACUUCAAUCAUCUUCAGCGAGCCACCCGAAGCCGAAACGAUACAUACGUCUGACGAUCGAGACGCGGCACUCGCUCUCAUAUACUCCAACUGGCAGAUCAACUCACUUCACCGCGACUUCCCAGCUAUCCUACGCGGAGGCGACCCUGAUGCUGAAGGGGACAGUGGUAUUGAAGAUGUGAUCGUCGAGCUGCUUCGCGACUUGUCUAAUGUUUCUGCUACCAAACGACAAGGCAAGAAGAUCAGCGAGGAACUAGAGGUGCGCUGCAAGAGGAUGAAACGGUAUAGUCUCAAGGCUGUUUGUCAGGCUAUCACUGCUACUGCAAAGAAUUAUCGCCGGGUAUCGGUAUCGGAAGACUCGCUAGGACUAUCAAGCGAUGAAGGUGGUGCGGAUGGGCAAGUCCCGCAGCCAGACGUUGCGCGACCAGCGGCACGACCAAACGGACACCGACGUUACGCCACACGAAGUGAUGAGGCGUCUGAAGAGAUGCAAGCGGCCUGGGAUGCAGUGGUAGUUGCUGAAGCGGCGGUCAGAGUAGCGCAAGACAAGCGUACGCGCGCUGCUUUUAAGAGCGAAACUACAUACCAACAAGCAACUCGCCAGUUGAGAGUUUCUGAGGCACAACUCCGGGCUGCUGAGGAAUAUGCAAAGGCGAGAAGUCUAGGAAGACCGCAGAGAGUGGAUGAGACGGCUGGGCCGGUUAAGCCGGGUAGGGAUGGGCGCACGCAGAGACGGAGUGGUGAUGGUGGAGGUGUAGUGGAAGGACGAGAGCAGAACCGGAAAGGGGGGGCUGGAGACGGUGGAUAUGACGGAGUAGAUGUCAGGGAAGGAGAGGGCAAUGACGAACGUGAUGAGGAAGAAAGAGUGGCCUAG